AUGCCGGACGACCAAGAGUCUAUUUAUCGAUACGCGACUCCGCAGUUCUGUACUCGGUAUUCUUGUAGGUGAGCAAUGUUAACAUUUUUUUUUCCUCAGAAUCAAGUAAGGGAGUUUAUCUAGUAUACAUUCUCUGACAAUACUCUGAGCCCGCCCGGCGACUAUGCUGUCCGUUGACUAACCCAUUCCCCUACUUUACAGCCACCCCCGUCGUCAACUCCUCCACACCUCACGUCUACUCCCCCCAACGUGCCUUGUUCGACCAACCCCAAUUCGCCGCCCAAUUCCUCCAACGCAUCGCGCACACCAACAAAACCCUCUUGAGCUCCCUCAAAACGACCCAGCCCUACGAAUUCACCGCCGAUCUCCCCAUCGGCACCUCCUUGUAUUCCCUCAUCACCCAAUCCUCUCCCCAAGAUCGAAUCGCACCCCUUCUUCUCGAAGCGCUGUUCUUUGAAUUGAGUCGACAGACCUCCCAUCCCGUUUUGUUGGCGAUCGAUCAGGCGCAGGGUUUGUUCAAUACGACACAAUGCGUCGAUCCAACGUAUCGAAAGUUGGAGGCGCAUGAUUUGAGUUUGCCGAGGUUGUUGUUGGAUUAUGUUGGGGGGGUCAAGAACUUUGUACGUUCGGGUUACCUCUAUCGGUUCUUCAUCAGAACCCUGACCACUCUCUGCCGUGCGGUUCUCACAGUCCAACGGCCUCGUCCUCAUCUCCCCCUCCCACCAAUCCACCACCACUUCCCCAGCCUUGGAAGAACACCUUUCCUCCUCCCCCUACCCAUCCUACACCCCUCUAGGACCCUCGCACCACAUCUACUCCUCCCUCCUCUCUUCGGUCCGUCAACUUCCCGUCCCCGCCCGUCUCGAAAACAGGGAAGCUUUGGGGAUCGUCGAUUUGUUGAUGGGUUUCAGAGCGGUCAGGGAAGUCGGUCAGGAGGGUGUGGAUAAUGGGAGCUUUAUGAAGGCUUUGAUGGAGAGUGAUGCGAGGGUUAGGGAAUUCAGGAAAGGGUGGGAGAGGAACCAGGCGAUUUGA